AUGGCAGACAGGACGGAGACCACGGCGACUGAUUUCAACGCCAUACGCAUCUCCAUAGCAUCGCCCGAGCAGAUUCUCAGCUGGUCGCACGGCGAAGUCACCAAGCCGGAGACCAUCAACUAUCGCACGCUGCGGCCUGAAAAAGACGGCCUUUUCUGCGAGCGGCUAUUCGGUCCCACCAAGGACUGGGAGUGCUUCUGCGGAAAGUACAAGCGGAUCAGAUACCGGGGCGUCGUCUGCGACCGCUGCGGUGUCGAAGUGACCCGGGCCAAGGUGCGUCGGGAACGCAUGGGGCACAUCCGGCUGGCUGCACCAGUGGCGCACAUCUGGUUCAGCAAGACCAACCCCAGCAGGCUGGGUCUGCUGCUCGACCUUUCGCCUCGCAACUUGGAGCGGGUGCUCUACUUCGCCCAACACAUCGUCGUUUCUGUUGAUGAGGACCUCCGCAAGGAGACGAUUGAGGCGGAGCAACUGAAGCACGAGUUGGAGGUCGAACGGCGCCGCAGCAAUGCGGCCGACGAGCUGGAAGAGCUGAACCGUCUGGUCCUGAGCUACACCGGCGGUGUUGAGCCGGAAACCAAGGACCCCGCCACCGAAUUCGCUCCCGAAGGCGGCGCCCCUGUUGCCGAACUGCUGGAGCUCCAGCGGCAGAUCGAUGCCAUCAAUAAUCAACUGUCCACUGAGCUGAGCGAUCUGGCGGCUCAGCUGAAGGUGACGCUGGACGAACUUAACGACCUGCAAAAGAUGAAGCUGCUGGCAGAGUCGCGCUACCGGGAAUUAAAGGACAGGUACCCUGGCACUUUUGAAGCCGGCAUGGGCGCCGAGGCCAUUCUGGCUAUCCUGCGCGCCGUCAACCUGGAGACGCUGCGGGACCAGCUAAUCAACGACAUGCAGUCCACCUCAGGCCAGCGCCGCCAAAAGGCGAUCAAGCGGCUCCGGGUAGUGGAGGCAUUCCGCCAGAGCGGCAGCCGCUCCGACGGCAGCUCAAGCGACGGGACUCGCGUUGAGGACAUGAUCCUCACUGUUAUGCCAGUGCUGCCACCUGAACUGCGCCCAAUGGUGCAGCUGGACGGCGGGCGGUUUGCCACCAGCGACCUCAAUGACCUGUACCGCCGCGUAAUCAACCGCAACAACCGCCUGAAGCGCCUGAUGACCCUGGGUGCACCAGAAAUCAUUAUUCGCAACGAAAAGCGCAUGCUGCAGGAGGCGGUAGACGCCCUGAUCGACAACGGGCGCCGUGGCCGGCCCAUACAGGGGAGCCACAACCACAAGCUCAAGAGCCUUUCCGACCUGUUGCGUGGCAAGCAGGGGCGCUUCCGGCAGAACCUGCUGGGCAAGCGUGUGGACUACAGCGGCCGGUCCGUGAUCGUGGUCGGCCCAGAACUGAAGAUGAACGAGUGCGGCCUGCCCCGGCGGAUGGCACUCGAGCUGUUCAAGCCCUUCGUCAUGCACCGCUUGGUGAUGCUGGGAAUCGCUCCGAACAUCAAGAACGCCAAGCGGAUGGUGGAGCGGGCCCGUGGCGAGGUGUGGGACAUUCUCGAAGAUGUGAUCAAGAACCGCCCGGUUCUGCUGAACCGCGCACCCACCCUGCACCGUCUCGGCAUUCAAGCGUUCAUGCCGGUGCUUAUUGAUGGACAUGCCAUCCAGAUUCACCCGCUGGUCUGCUCGGCCUUUAACGCCGACUUCGACGGCGACCAGAUGGCAGUACACGUUCCGCUGUCGCGCAUGGCGGUCCUGGAGGCCCAGGAGGCCAUGCUCAGCACCCAUAACAUGCUGUCGCCGGCGUCGGGCGAUCCGCUGGUGGCUCCCACGCUGGACAUGGUGAUGGGCUGCUACUACCUGACCGACAUCGAUACGCCCGAAAAACGGCCCGACGUGAAGGGCGCCGGGCGACAAUUCCAGGACAUCUCGGAGGCCCGAGAUGCGUACGGUUCCAGUGAAAUUGACCUUCGGGCCCCCAUAUACGUCAGGCGCAUCCGGGGCGGCGAGAACCCGGGUGGCUAUUACUCGACAACUUUGGGUCGCUUGGAGUUCAACUCCAUCCUCCCGGACAAAUUCGUUUUCGAUGAGAAUCUGCCGGAGGCCGCGCGUAUCCAGAACAAGCUCAUCGACCGGAGCGCCCUUAACGCCCUGACGGCCAACCUUUACCGUCUGCUGACCAAUGACGAGACCGCCGAAGUUCUUGACAGAAUCAAGGACCUGGGCUUCCGGUACGCCACGACCUCGGGCAUCACCAUCGCCAUCAAUGACAUCCAGGUGUCCCCGGAAAAGGCCCAGGUGAUGGCCGACACCGAGGAAAGGGUUGACCAGUACAAAACCGAAUAUGAGGUAGGGCUGAUUUCGGAGGAGGAACGUCACGCCAAGAUCGUUGACGCCUGGAACCAGGCCUCGUUCGAGACAGCAGACCUGGUGGGCAGCGACCUGACCAACUACGGCGGCAUCGGCAUUAUGGCCCUCUCGGGCACCAAGGGUAACAUUUCGCAGAUCAACCAGAUGGCGGGAAUGCGCGGUCUGGUGCGCCGGGCAGGCAGCACCGACGUAAUCGAGUUGCCUGUCAAAUCGAACUUCCGCGAAGGACUGACCCGCCCUCGAAUACUUCCUGUCCACGCACGGCGCCCGCAAGGGCUGAUCGACGUCGCCCAGGAAGUGAUAGUGCAGGGCGAGGACUGCGGCACGCUGGACGGCUGGGCACCCCAGCGGCCGGCCCCCCACAGCAACAUCACCCUUCAGUACCGUGUAACCGGGCGUCUGGCUGCCUACACAUUGGCCCACCCGGAGACCGGUGAAAUCCUGAUCAACCGCAAUGAGACCAUCACGCUGGAUAAGGCCAAUCAGCUGGUAGCCGCGGGAAUCACCGAAAUCCCGAUCCGCUCGCCGCUCACUUGCGAGGCCCAUCGCGGGGUGUGCCGAAUGUGCUAUGGCGACCUUGCCGCCACCGACCAGCCGGUUCUGGAAGGCCAGGCGGUGGGCAUUAUCGCGGCCCAGAGCAUCGGCGAGCCGGGCACCCAGCUCACCAUGCGCGUGUUCCACACGGGCGGCGUACGCCGUCGCAACAGUGAACUGGACGAAGCGGUGCUGACCCGCGCCCGUGAGCUGCAGGCAGUGCCGGUGGAGAUUCGCGAGCAGCUAGCCCAGUUCCGCAGGGAUAUGCCCUCUACCAUCGCCACCAGGAUGACGGAAGCCCUGGGGUACUUGGAACAGACCAACGAAGCCAGAAACCAGCGCGGCCAGAUCAACUGGAUUCGCGACGAUCUCAGCCGUCUUGGCGAAAUCAAUUCUCUCUCGCAGGCCAGGGACCUGGUCUCGCAGAUCCGCCGCGACGUUGACGUUCUCAACGCCGGAAUCGACUCGCAGCUGGGGUCGGCGGGACAGCGUCGCGACCAGCGCCGGGACACCAUGAACCGGCUGAGGCUAAUGGCCAGAGAGUUACCAGACCAGAUUGACUUGAUCCUCGAGGAGGUGCGCCAAAUUCCUGCGGCAGAUCUGCAGGAGGCGGUUACCCGCGUGCGGGUGGACGCCACGGCGGUAGUCCCCGAGCUUCGGAAGGUCAUUGACGAAAUCACCCGGAUGAUAGAGGAGAUUCCAGGAGCCGACGCCCGCCUGCAAGGGAGGUUGCUGGUCGUAAUCGAGCGCAUCUUGGACGAACUGCGUCGGUCCAGCGAGGCGAAAGAACUGGAGGAGGCGGUCGGCCGGGUGGUUCAAGCCGGCACCUCUGACGACGAUUACUUCCGAGUGGCCUCCGAACUUAACCGGAUUCUUGGAAGUUCCAACCGGCACAGCUACGACCUGCAGCGGGAAGCCGACGUGAUCCGCCAGGACGUGGAGGCCCAGAACCUCGACAUCACCGGUGGACUUCCGCAGGUGGAAGAGAUCUUCGAGGCCCGUGUGCCCAAGAGCGCCGCCAUACUCUCCGAUAUAGACGGCGAGGUGGAGGUGGAGACAGACGAGGAAAACAACGUGCUUCGCGUGGUCUUCCGCGAGGAAGUACGGGAGGAAUUUCCGCUGCCAGAGGGCGCCAGGAUCCUUGUGGGCGAUGGCGACAUGGUAGACGCAGGCGAUGUCCUUGCUGACGUACCUGCUGUAGAACAAUACGUCCUACCCGAAGGCGCCGAAGUACUGGUGGAUGACGGGGAAGAGGUCACCGAAGGUAUGGUGCUGGCCUCCUUGCCGGAGACCCAGGAUGCCGAGGAAGCGGCGCAGGUCCCCACGGCAAGAGCUGGCGGCCGCGUGGAAGUUUCCGAGCAUGGGCUCGCGGUGAUCUCCGACGGCGGAUCGGUCGAGGCUACUGUAGGCGGUCGAGUCGAAUUGUCGGACGAAUACAUCACGGUCAUCUGGGAGGAUAUGGAAAUCAGGGAGCACGUCAUCCCGACCUCGGCCUACCUGAUGGUCAGGGACGGAGACAAGAUCAAUGCAGGCGACCCGUUGACUUCGGGCCCACUGAACCCCCACGACAUAUUGCGAAUCCGGGGCAAAGAAGCCCUGCAAUCGUACAUCGUGGAUCAGGUCCAGGCGGUCUACCAGUCGCAGGGCGUGACCAUCCACGACAAGCACAUCGAGAUUAUCCUGCGCCAGAUGCUGCGCAGGGUGCAGGUUACCGAACCCGGAGACACCGAACUCAUUCCGGGCGAGGUUGCCGACAAGUUUGCGUUCCAGGAGCAGGUGGCGAAAGUACUGGCCGAGGGUGGUGAGCCCGCCACCGCCGAACAGGUGCUGCUGGGAAUAACCCGCGCCUCGCUGCGGACCGACAGCUUCCUGUCCGCCGCCUCCUUCCAGGAGACCACGAGGGUGCUCACCGAAGCAGCGGUAAAGGGCCAGCAGGAUUAUCUGCUUGGGCUGAAGGAAAACGUGAUCAUCGGGCGACUCAUCCCAGCCCAGGUGGAAAUACCCGGGAUGGAAGAGUUGCUGCGUCCUCAAACCGGCGCUGGACAUGGCCGCGAUGGGCCCAAGCACCUGGCUUCGCGGCCCGGCAGCUUCCGAGGAACAAGGCGCUGA